AAGGCGCGUAGACGUGUUUCCUUGGCGGACAUAGCGAAUUCGAAGAAUGUGUCUCGUUCGAAAUUUGAAUAGUGCAAUGAUGUUGUAGUGACUCUCUAGACUGUUGUUUUAAAAAAAAAAAUUGGAACUGUCAUUUUUAAUAUGUCAACCAACAUGAACUUCUGGAGGGUGAUCGCAGUCAUGUGCGUUGCAACUGCUUUUGUCCAGUCUAAAUCAACGCACCAUCAGAAAAGGGCCACCCGCCCUAACAUCUGUGAUCUAGUGUACAAUAACACACUGGACGUUCGAUGUUACUGCACCAAAGACAAUCAAAAUCCGAAGAUAUUUAAAAGCGCUGAUUGCUUCCUGUUCGCUGAGCACGUAAAGCCAGAAGAUGACACCUGGACAGCCUUUGACUACCUCAAAGACGUGACCAAACUAACUUUUACAAAGAACAAUAUCACCAUGAAAUAUAUACCGACUGAGGCGUUGAAAUACACUAAAUCGGUACUCAACUUAGACAUUAAAUAUGGUAAUAUAGAGAAAGUUGGAGCAUACGCUUUUGCUAAUCUAAGCGCUGUUCAGGAAAUAACUUUAAGGGGCAAUCAAAUUAAAAUAUUAGAAGUAAACGCCUUCGCAGAUCACAAAGACCUCGCUAUACUUGGCUUGGACACGAACGCGAUAGUGGAAAUAAACAGAGACGUGUUUGUCAAUUUACCCUCAUUAGAAAAACUUUAUUUAACAAACAAUAAGAUUACGACGCUACACGACAGAGCGUUUGUGCAUUUAAGCAAUUUAAAAGAAAUCGAGAUCGAUAGAAAUAAUAUAUUUAGCUUGAAUAGCGAAACAUUUUCUGGAUUAAAGAAAUUGCAGAAAUUAGAUCUUAGCAGCAAUAGUUUAGAGGUUAUUGGCGAUAAUACAUUCCUUCCGCUAGUGAAUUUAAGGUCUUUGAAUUUGGACGGAAAUAAGAUUCAGAUGCUAGACAACAAAGCAUUCUUUGGUCUAUCGAGCUUGCAAUCACUCUCUUUAGCGCACAAUAAUAUUGUGGAUAUAGACAAUUUAAAAGUAUUUGAAGGUCUAAAGAGCCUCAUUUCGUUAAAUUUGAGAGGAAAUAAGAUAAAGAUACUAAAAGCUGAAGUUAUGGCUCCUAUUUUGACCAAUUUCUAUGGUGGUAUCAGCACUCUGGACGUUGACGACAACAACUUCCCGUGUAGCUGCCAGUUGGAUUGGUUCACGUCGUUAAUGAAUAAGACACAAAACGAAAAUUUAAAACUGGCGCUCAACAACCUAAAAUGUCAACCAGAUGCUGCUCUAAGAGAAGCUUGGUCUAAGACCGAGGAGAUAGAGAAGAAUACCACGCAGACCACGGAAGACGAAGAGACCCAAUUCCAGAAUCCCGAAUACGAAUAUUACGAUGAUACUCAACUUGACGGAAAAUUCUUUUACGUUGACGUCAGAGAUUUAUUGAAUUGCACAAAAGGUACGAAAACAAAAAGUGAAAUUACUACUACAACCAGAAAAAGUCCAACCGCUGCUAGUACCAAAGCCUCAAGUCCUUACACCACCACGACUGUGAAAACGGAGUUAAAUAAAGAACUCACAACAAAACCUGAUCCAAAAUUGACAACGAAAUAUUUUACCACCGAAACGAGCGUCACACAAGGGCACACAACUGCAAAAAUGGCUGCAGCUGUAGCAAAGCCCCCUGAAAAUCACGUUUUUGCUCCCGACGCUACCUCAGUUGAAGCUAAACCUGAUAAAAUUAAAGCUCAUCGCAGUAUCCAAGAGAAAGAGACCCCAGAUUACUUGAAAUCUGAUGCGAACAUAAAUUUAGGCUGUGGAAUGCUUUUAACUGUAAUAUUGUAUUUAAUUCACUAAAUGUAAUGUAGUUAUUAUUUUACGUAAAAAUCUCACAGUCAUUAAAUUAAUAAAUAG